AUGGCUCUUAGAUUAUUGACCAAGGGUGCUGCAGUUGCUGCUGCUCGCCCCGCUAUGAUUGCUUCUCGUCAAGCUGUUCGUGCUUCUGCUAUCCGUGGAUUCACCACCCAGACUGAAGAACCCAAGCAAAAGGCCAACAGUCUUCUCGAUGCUCUUCCCGGUAACUCCAUUGUCUCCAAGACCGGUUAUGUCACUGGUGCCACUGGUUUAGCUGCCUUCUUGAUCUCCAAGGAAAUCUAUAUCCUCAAUGAAGAAACGUUGGUCUUGAUUGCCUCUACUGGCCUUCUUGGCGUCUUGCUCAAGUACCUCAGAGAGCCCUUCACCAACAUGGCCAAUGAACAUAUCAACCGUAUCAAGAACAUUUUGGUUCAAGCUCGUGAAGAUCACAAGAGUGCUGUUCAAGAACGCAUUGAUGAAGUUGGUCAAAUGAAGGAUUUGGUCGAUGUCACAAAGGCUCUUUUUGAACUCUCUCGUGAGACUGCUCAAUUGGAAGCUGAAGCUUUUGAAUUGAAGCAAAAGGUUGCUGUUGCUUCUGAAGUCAAGACAACCUUGGAUUCUUGGGUUCGUCAUGAAGCCAACAUCCGUGAACGCGAACAAAAGCAAUUGGCUGCUUAUUUGAUUGAAAAGGUGAACAAGGAAUUACAAGACCCCAAGGUUCAACAAGAAAUCUUGGAUCAAGCUAUUGUUGACAUUCAAAAUGUUGCCAAGUCUGCUUAA